AUGAGCUCCAACGCAUCUACGGCUGGCUCUAUGGACGAGUCAAAAUUUCUCAAGCGCAACCGUGCUCUUCACGGGACUCGGCUGGGUCUGUCUCUUAUGAUCACUUCCGUGGCUGUUUCUGUCAUCGCCUGUGAAGCACAACUACUGCAACACUACAACGCCACCGCACAAUGGGCAACGUCAGGUCUUGCCCUCUGGCCACUCAAUCUUGAUUUGCGACCGGCAAUCGCAGCUCUGGCUUGUGGGUGUGUAAUUACCGUCUUGAAUCUGGUAUACGUGGUUGUUGCUCUUCUCCCAUCUCCUCACUCCCGUAUCAAACUCCUCAACUCCUAUGCUUCUGCAUCAGCCUUCUCUGGAUUUAUCACAUCCCUCGUUGGUAUUAUUUUUGUGAUCUAUCGGCCGUCGGCAUCUUACCCGAGCGGCUUCAGCCAGGGAGAGACCCUGCACAGCUGGACAUGCAAAUGGAAGUCCUCAAAUGGGAGCACAUCAACCCCGAUCCACUUUACUCGUGACUGCCACGAGACUCGUGCUGGGUUUGCGCUGCUGUGUGUUCUCCUCGGACUUGAAAUUCUGAUGGGGCUUGCUGCUGCUGCUGGCACAUUGUCCCAGCGGGAUGUCUCGCGUCGUCGCGAUCAACAAGUCCAGUUGGAGAAAUUGGAGAUUUCGGCAAAGCAGGCGUAUCGACCUUGA